GCUAAGAUCCGGGAAAUAUGGUGCUCUGUUACCUUGAUUACGGGGUACAUUUUACCGCAUUAGUCAUAUGCCUGUGCAGAAGCCCCAGAGGCCCCUGAAGCGGGAUUUUGGGAUGCGCCGCACAUAUAACCCAGCACAACAUCCCUGCCGCUGUUCUCAACCGAGUUUCUCUUGCGUCCCGGCUUCCAUCUCGGUAUCUCUUCAGUUUAGCUGUUCUAGUUCCACUGCUCGCUUCAGAGGUUUCGUUCGACCAUCGGGCGGGUCUCGAUGCGAAUCCGUGCGGUACGUCCACCUCUCGAGCAGGUCUCGAGCAUGGGAUUACGCGCAGCACGCACUACCAUUGAGCUGGUCUCGAGGACGCAAAUGCAUACUAUAGUUGUCAUCCUCAUCCCAGUGGUCAGCCUCGUGCUUAGCGUGCUGGCUCUCGUUGCUGGCGGGAGCCCCGGACUCAUGGAGGACUAUCACAUUUUCUUGAACACCUCUAUGCUGGGCCGGAACCACGAUGUCGCCGGCAAGCUUCAGCCGUGGUACUCCCUCCACGCCAUGAGCGUCUGCGAAGGCACUUUCACUCCGAGCACAACCACUCAGGGAGCUGGCUUCAACGUAACGAGCUAUACACAGCUUCUAAAAAGCUCCCUCUUCAAUAUCUCGGCGCUUCUCGAUCACCAGCUAGACGUCGGUCCAGUACGCCUGAACUUGGCCAAGUCUGGCUUCGCCAAGGACCUCCUGGAUGAGCUGGACAAGGUCCGGGGCCAGUUUCAAGCUCUGGCGGGCCUCUACAUUUCGGCUGUCGCGUUUUCGGGUCUUUCCCUGCUCCUCUGCAUCGGCCGGCUCCUCCGACCUACGAUUGGCAUAUCCUCGGCGAACGUCGCCGUUGCCCUGCUCGCGGCCUUUAUGCUAUUCGUCGGUAACAUCAUCGUGGCGGUGAGCGGAAAGGCGGUGGACAAAAUCAACAAUGUCGGUCAGCAUGUCGGGCUAUCGGUAUCUAUCCGCCGGAAAUUUGUCCCCAUUACGUGGACUGCCUUUGUGAUGAUAGCGGUAAUGGCCGCGUACUGGGCCUACCAGUUCCGCCAAGAAAUGAAAGGUAAGAGGGUUGUCUCGCGGGCGAGGCAAUCGGGCGCCGAUCUUUGACGGAGGCUUACGCAAGCGUCACAGCCCGGAAUUCUGCCAUUAAGUAUAAUCUCUAUCGCCGCAAUAGGCAUCCUUAAUCUGGACUACCUAGGCGGAAGCGAACGACCGUAACGAAUGGCGAUGGCGAUGA